ACAGGUGCCAGUGUUGCUCUCAGUAACAGCUGACUGCCUUCUGUUAUUUUCGAGUUCAUACACAGCUACGCACGCGCAGACAGGGUUAUGAUCGUCAGUGGUCAGCAGUCAUCGACUUCAUGACCUGGAGUUAACUGCACGAGCUCAAACGCCUCAUCUAAAGCGUCAUCAUGGCCGACACGGAGCAGAGUCACUUCUCUCUGAUGAGCCUGGAGGAUGAGCUGACCUGCAGCAUCUGUCUCAGUACCUUUGACUGUCCGGUCACCAUCCCCUGCGGACACAACUUCUGCCAGGACUGCCUCCUCACCACCUGGAAGGACUCCUACAGCUGUCCCCAGUGUCGGACCCUCUUCCCCACCAAGCCCGAGCUGAAGAAAAACACGGUCCUCAGCACCGUCGUGGAGACCUUCAACUCGAAGUCGAGCCAGAGUGAAGUGAGCCUGGUCGAAGAGGAGAGCGAAGCCGAGACAGAGGAUGUCAAAGAGGAUGUCAUACGUUGUGAUACGUGCAUGGAGGCAGAGGCGUCCCGGACCUGCCUCACCUGCAUGGCCUCUUUCUGCGAGGAGCACCUGCGGCCUCACCGGGAAAAUCCAACUUUCCGUCUCCACCAGCUGAGCGAGCCUGUGGGCGACCUGUCGGAGCGCAUCUGCCCGGAGCACCACAAGCUGAUGGAGUUCUUCUGCAGCCAGCAUGGCCGAGCAAUCUGCAGCGUGUGCCUGCAGCAAGUCCACAAAGGCUGCUCCUUCAUGUCUCCUGAGGAGCAGAGGAACGCCAAAGAGUCUGACCUCAGAGACAAGUUGGGUUUGCUGGACGGGAAGAUUGAGAAGACUGAGACUGUUAUGUUUCAAAUUACUGACAUGCAGAGCAAGCUGAAGGAUGCAGCAGCCAAUAGGAAGACAGCAUUUGCAGCCGUGUAUCAGCAGAUGCGGGAUAUGUUGGCCCAAGAAGAACGAGAGGCCCAACGUGAGGUGGACCACGAGCUGGAGACUGGUCAGACGAAACUCCGGGACCUCAUGAAGAGGUUAACUGAGAACACUGAGAACAUGAAAAAAGCCAGAGAAGAUAUCAACAGCCUGCUGACUCAAUCCCAAACCCUUUCCUUUCUGCAGGCUUCAUUUGACAUGCCUCGGGCUGUAAAGUUUGAUCCUCACACCCCUCGAAUCAGCCUGGACUCCAAGAAGGUGACGGCAACACAGGCCUUUGCUGCUGCCCUGAAGGAGCAUCUGACAGAGGUCCUUAAACAGCCAGUUGAGGCCAGACCACUCAUACUUAAAGGAGGUGAAUGUGCAGAUGAAAAAGCAGUUCCUGUCUCAGGAGGUAGUGGAUCUCAGCUGAAAUCUGAAGUACCAGAUCCUCCAGAGCACAAAGGACAGUCCGACAGUCCAGCUUGUCCACCCAUCCAGCAGUACUUCCAGCCAGUUCCUGUACCUGUGUAUAUAGGACCACACGGAGGCUGGAAUCCACCCCAGCGCGCACAGAGCUGGGGAGCAGGCUCUCAUAGGCCUGCUCCAUUUAUGGCAGGACAAAAGACAAGCAAGAAGAGCGACAGCAGCCACCACCCCUCCCACAAACAAGACAAGAAGCCCCACAGUGCUCCAGGAGGACCAAAGCCAAGUGCAAAAGGAUCUGAUUUCACCAAGAAAGACAAUCCCAGAAGCCGUCCUCCAUCAGGGAAAUCAACUGGAAGCCAUCCAAGGCCUCAGAAAAAUAAAUAGAUGCAGCUGAUAUGAUUUGAGCACUAUGAGACUUUUGUAUCAUAAAAAUAUGGAGCGUAUGAGUCAGUCACAUGAUGGGGAAUGGCCCUAAUCAUCACUUUUUAACUGUUCACAGUUCAAGUUCCGUAGUGUCAGUUUUUACAUGAUGAUAUGUUUAUGCUUCGCUGACUGAGUGUAGUUGCUUGAGCUCAGGAUUUGUGAAACUGGUAAAUGAUUAACACAUCUCUAUAUAACGAUGUCAGUGUGAUGGUUGAAUGAUAGGACAGGAGCUUAUGGCUGCUGUGAUCUGUGACCAGGGCCUGCAGUUUAUUAUGUAUGUAUGUAAAACACAGACACACACAGCUUCUAUAUGAAAAUAUUUAUGGGAAUGUCGUCAAAUUCAAAACUUCUCUUCAUUACAUUCAAUUAAGUCAAAAUCAAUUUCUGUCACCUGUAGUAACAAUUUCACCAAACCCACAUAACUACGAUUGUUUUCUGAAUAGUUUUGUUUUACAUGAUUGUUACCUAUUAAAGCUUAACUCGUCCCAGACAGUU